AUGUUCCGCUGGUCGUGGUGUCGGUUGAUUAUUUCGAAGGUCUCAGCUGAAAGCUAUGUCGACUACCUCCAGAAUUCUGAUCGAGAGUUGCCUGCACUAAGUGAGAUAUUUCCGCGUCACGGAACAGGUACCGGAGAGCUCGUCAAGUUUCAUUCGCUUCUUUGUGAAGCCAUGAAAGAUCACAACUUCAAUUACGUGGGUAUUAAGGUUGUUCCCCCAACUUCACCACCCCUUCAGUGUUUGAGAGCCACAGAGCCGGUGUGUGUUCCCAUUUUUUCUAACUCUUUCCAGGGUUCUGUUUUUUCGGCAAAACAACACCGAAUACAAUUUGUUGAACCACUUUUCGUUAUUCGUCUCGGUCGUGACCCCCCGACCCAACUCACAGCCAACACAGUGCCAGCUGUUUGUGACGCUUUUUUCCCCGGUGUGGAGUUCGUCGGGUCACGGUAUCCCUUUUAUCCUCCCCAUACAACAGGGUUCGCAGCGGAUUUGGGUGGGUGCGUAGCUGUACACCUUGGUGAGGCUGUGAGUUUGGGGAGUGCGUCCCUUGAAUCGCUGGGCGAUACCAACUUUGUAGUAACUCGCCGAGAAGAGCCUAUACAAGUAGGUGCUGGAAAGAAUUGCUUGGGCGGACCAGGUGCGGCAGUAGCUUUAGCAGUUUCUUACGCUGCUUCAAUGGGUUGGCCCCUUCGAGAAAAGCACUACAUUUUUUGCAGCGGUGUGGGGUCACGAUCCCCUGCCCUUGCAGGAGAAUACAAGGUUAAUUAUGGUGCAUAUGGCAGUGUUUCUGCGUCCUUAACCUGA